GGCACAGCUCCGCGAGCUCCGACAGAUAUUUCGUCGCGGGGGCCCGAUCUUACGCGAUCAGAAAAGCAGGAGGCUCGGAACCCCGGGCGAAAACCCUUCGAAACGCGAAAUAUACGGAUCCCUUGCACCCCCUCGCGCGGUGGUGGUGCGUUUGUCGUGCGUGCGUUUGCGAAUUCUCUAAGCGAGACGAGAGUUCGUCGAUUUGUGAAACGAAAAGUGAAACGUUAGCCCGAGGUGUCAGGCGCUUGCGCGAGGGACGUCGGCGAGUGGUCUGGUCUGGGUGCUAUCCGAUCAGUGGGUGAUCGUCGGUACCCUACGACGGUUCAACCCUCCGACGUCGACCCCACCGUCGUCGUCGACGUCGUUCUCGACGAGGCAAAGAGGCCGGGAGCCCGUAACGUGAGCAUGCCGUCCACGCGGAACCGUGCAUGACUACCGCGUCCGCUUCGAGCAACGACAAGGGUGCCUCGGACAUCAUAAACUGACACGCGAGACUCGCACGCACACCCGCGUACGCGCACGCACGCACGAGCGCGCAGGGGUGACGCAGACGGAGGAGGCCCGUCGCGUGGAAGCGCGCCGAAAGGAUGGCCGACAGCGAGGGUGGCUCCGAGCAGGACGACGUAUCAUUCCUCCGCACGGAGGAUAUGGUAUGCCUGUCCUGUACCGCAACAGGAGAGAGGGUCUGCCUGGCAGCCGAGGGAUUCGGCAAUCGACACUGUUUUCUCGAGAAUAUCGCAGAUAAGAACAUACCGCCGGACCUGUCGCAAUGUGUAUUCGUGAUAGAACAGGCCCUCUCGGUGAGGGCUCUGCAGGAAUUAGUCACCGCUGCCGGCUCCGAGACGCAACAAGACAGUUUAGGAAAGGGCACCGGGUCAGGGCACAGGACCUUGUUAUAUGGUAACGCUAUAUUAUUGCGACAUCUAAACAGCGACAUGUACCUGGCGUGUCUGUCCACGAGUUCGUCGAACGAUAAGCUCUCCUUCGACGUCGGUCUACAGGAUCAUUCUCACGGCGAGGCGUGCUGGUGGACCGUGCACCCCGCCUCCAAGCAGAGAUCCGAGGGUGAGAAGGUGCGCGUGGGUGACGAUCUUAUUCUUGUCUCUGUCGCCACAGAACGAUAUUUGCACACGACGAAAGAAAAUGACCUAUCGGUGGUGAACGCGUCUUUUCACGUGACACAUUGGUCGGUGCAGCCGUAUGGCACCGGCAUCAGCAGAAUGAAGUACGUCGGUUACGUCUUCGGUGGCGACGUGUUGAGGUUCUUCCACGGCGGCGACGAGUGCCUGACGAUACCGUCGACGUGGAGUCCAGCACCCAGUCAAAACCUCGUAAUCUACGAGGGCGGUAGCGUAAUGAGCCAGGCGAGAUCAUUAUGGAGAUUGGAGCUCGCCAGGACAAAAUGGGCGGGCGGUUUCAUCAACUGGCUGCAUCCUAUGAGGAUCAGGCAUUUGACGACCGGACGUUAUCUCGGCGUAAAAGAGAACAACGAGCUCUAUCUGGUCGAUAGGAACGAAGCGACGAUCGAAACCUCGACGUUCUGGCUGCGGCAAGAAAAGGACGACCAGAAGAUUAUUCUUGAGGACAAGGAUCUGGAAGUCAUUGGAAACGCAAUUAUUAAGUAUGGUGACUCUACCGUUAUUAUGCAACAUGCCACCACGUGCCUCUGGGUGUCUUAUAAGUCAUACGAAACGAAAAAGAAAGGUGUUGGAAAAGUUGAAGAGAAACAGGCAGUACUUCACGAAGAAGGUAAGAUGGACGACGGCUUAGAUUUCUCCAGAUCGCAGGAAGAGGAAUCUCGCACUGCCCGCGUCAUCAGAAAGUGCAGUAGCUUGUUUACUCAAUUCAUCACAGGCCUAGAAACGCUGCAGGUGGAUAGAAGGGCGUCUAUGUUUUUUCAAAACGUGAACCUCAACGAGAUGGUAAUGUGUCUGGAAGACUUGAUCAAUUAUUUUGCUCAACCUGAGGAUGACAUGGAACACGAAGAGAAGCAGAACAAGUUUCGGGCUCUCAGGAAUCGUCAGGAUCUGUUCCAAGAGGAGGGUAUAUUGAACCUGAUUCUCGAAGCUAUUGAUAAAAUUAACGUCAUCACUUCGCAAGGAUUUCUCGUCGCUCUUUCCGGCGACGAAAGUGGCCAGGCCUGGGAUCAGAUAUCCGGGUAUCUCUAUCAGCUACUGGCCGCCAUUAUCAAGGGAAAUCACACCAAUUGCGCCCAAUUCGCCAAUAGUAAUCGUUUGAAUUGGCUGUUCAGCCGAUUGGGCUCGCAAGCUUCCAGUGAAGGAACUGGAAUGUUGGAUGUACUUCACUGCGUCUUGAUUGAUUCACCGGAAGCUUUAAACAUGAUGAGGGAUGAGCAUAUAAAAGUAAUUAUCUCUCUGCUGGAAAAACACGGGAGGGACCCAAAGGUCUUGGACGUUUUGUGUUCGCUAUGCGUCGGUAAUGGCGUCGCAGUACGCUCUUCGCAAAAUAACAUUUGCGAUUUUCUGCUGCCUGGAAAAAAUUUGCUUCUCCAAACGCAGCUGGUAGAUCAUGUGGCGAGCGUCAGACCGAAUAUAUUUGUCGGCAGGGUCGAGGGUUCGGCUCUUUAUCAAAAGUGGUAUUUUGAAGUAACGGUGGACCACAUUGAACAGACGACUCACAUGAUGCCGCACUUGAGGAUUGGAUGGGCAAACACCGCUGGUUAUAUGCCGUAUCCAGGCGGUGGCGAGAAGUGGGGUGGAAAUGGCGUCGGUGAUGAUUUGUACUCCUUCGGAUUUGACGGCGCUUAUCUGUGGACCGGCGGUAGAAAGACUCAGGUGGUCCACAAUGUUACCGAACCUUUCAUACGAAAGAGCGAUGUGAUCGGUUGCGCUUUAGAUCUGACAGUGCCGGUGAUAACGUUCACAAUGAAUGGCACUCACAUCCUGGGUUCUUUUAGAAAUUUUAAUUUAGACGGCAUGUUCUUUCCCGCUAUAAGCUGCUCAUCCAAACUCUCGUGCAGAUUUUUGCUGGGCGGCGAUCAUGGCCGAUUAAAGUACCAACCGCCGGAAGAGUUCUCGCCGCUGGUAGAGAGUCUACUGCCGCAGCAGAUUUUGUCGCUGGAUCCAUGCUUUUAUUUUGGUAACAUGAACAAGGUGGUCCUAGCGGGUCCGUGGCUGGUCGAAGACGACACUGCUUUCGUUCCGGCUCCGGUCGACACUACCAUGGUCAACCUGCCCGCCUACGUCGAACAGAUCAGAGACAAAUUGGCAGAGAACAUCCAUGAAAUGUGGGCGAUGAACAAGAUCGAGGCCGGUUGGAUCUAUGGCGAGGUGAGAGACGACCUUAGGAAGAUACAUCCCUGCAUAGUACAGUUCGAGCGAUUGCCAGCAGCGGAAAAGCGUUACGACACUCAACUGGCCGUGCAAACCCUGAAGACCAUUUUGGCCCUGGGCUAUUAUAUCACCAUGGACAAGCCGCCGUCUAGGAUAAAGACGUUGAGGCUGCCGAAUGAGCCGUUUUUGCAAAGCAGUGGAUAUAAACCAGCACCGCUCGAUUUGUCCGCGAUCACAUUGACUCCCAAAAUGGAGGAGCUCGUUGAUCAACUCGCGGAGAACACACAUAAUCUUUGGGCGAAGGAGAGGAUUAGUCAAGGAUGGACGUACGGAUUGAACGAGGACUCGGAGAUGAGGAGAAGUCCUCACUUGGUACCAUAUCCGAAAGUCGACGAAGCUAUCAAGAAAGCCAAUCGGGAUACAGCCAGCGAAACUGUUAGAACCCUUUUGGUUUACGGAUACAUGCUUGAUCCACCCACCGGAGAACAACACGAGGCAUUGCUUUUGGAAGCCAACAGGCUACGACAAUUAUACUUCAGGACUUACAGAGUCGAGAAGCAUUACGCUGUCAGAAGCGGAAAAUGGUAUUUUGAGUUUGAAGUUCUCACAGCCGGACCUAUGCGAGUCGGUUGGGCGACAGCUGAUUGCAUGCCGGGAAGUAUGUUGGGCAGCGAUGAAAGUACUUGGGCAUUCGACGGUUACAACGUGACCAAAGUGCACGCUGGCACCCACGAGUCAUUUGGUCAUAAAUAUCAAGUGGGCGACAUAGUUGGAUGUUUCAUUGACGUGGCAGACCGAACGAUCAGUUUCUCCUUGAAUGGAGAAUUAUUGAUGGAUGCACUGGGCGGUGAAACUUCUUUCGCCGAUGUGCAAGGAGAAUCUUUCGUGCCCGCGUUCACCCUUGGCGUUGGUCAAAAGGCAAAAUUGACGUUCGGCCAAGAUGUGAACACUCUGAAGUUUUUUACCACUUGCGGUUUGCAGGAGGGCUACGAACCUUUCUGUGUAAACAUGAACCGUCUAGUCACUUAUUGGUACACGAAAGACCAGCCUAUUUUCGAGAACACCGACGACAUGGCCGACACGCGAAUCGACGUGGCUAGGAUCCCAGCUGGUUCCGACACGCCGCCCUGUCUGAAAAUCUCCCACAACACGUUCGAAACUAUGGAGAAGGCUAAUUGGGAAUUUCUAAGAUUAUCGUUGCCCGUGAUCUGCCAGUCCAAUUUUAUAACGGAGGGCGAGAAGUUGCGAAGAUGGCAGGAGAUUAAAAUGAGACAGAACAGACUUUUAGCCGAGCAAAUUGAGCAAGGGCAACAGAUGACACAGCCUUCGGCUCACAUGGAACAGAUCAUGAAAUCCGGUUUCAGUAUGAGCGACAUCAAAGGACUGCAAAGAAAUUAUUCGGAAGAUGCAGCCGAGGCAGACGAAAUGAUGAAAGAAUCGCCGCUUCCUAUGCAAAGAGGUAAACCUGCCAGACCGCCUAGGAAAGGUUCACUUUAUGGAUCACGUUUGGAUAACGCGAUUCCUAACGCUGAAAUGAACGGAUAUGGCGAAAUGAAUGGUGACAUAAAAGAUGACAAGAAGAAACGAGGUCGUUCACCUUUCCGCAAACUUAGCAAAGAAAUGGAGGACGUACCCAAGCUUAGCAAUGAGAUAGAAGAUAUAUCCAAGCUUAGCAAUGAGAUGGAAGACAUAUUAUUCUUCUCGCGCAAAACGAAAUCUCCAGAUGCAAAGUCGAAAACGCCUGAGCCGCAAGUUCGCGGGGAUAUCUCAGAUAAAAGUGCGAGAAGCAAAAGCCUCAAACCUCCACAAAUCCGUGUCUCAACUACGGAUUUGAAAGUCGUCCCGCCGCAAAUCCCGGAGCGUAAUGUUCCUAAGGCUAUGUCUGUUUUAACCGGAAGUGGUGUCGAGGCGAUCGGCAAUGAAAUCUUCGAUGCUGAGUGCAUGAAGCUGAUGAACGAGUACUUCUAUGGCGUCAGGAUAUUUCCCGGUCAAGAUCCAACUCACGUUUACAUUGGCUGGGUCACCUCGCAAUAUCACCUACACACGAAGGACUUUAAUUUAUCUCGCGUGAGAAAAGCCUCUGUUGCGAUUGUAGAUGACUACGAACGUCUUAUCGAGCAAGUCGACAGACAAAGCUGCUACAUGGUCCGAGCGGACGAACUGUAUAACGAAGUCACUCAGGAUGCAUCGGGCAAGGGUGCAUCUCAAGGUAUGUUUGUCGGAUGUUUCGUCGAUACCGCCACAGGCUGGGUAUCCUACACCUGCGAGGGAAAAGAGACGAGUCACAAAUUCAAGAUGGAGCCGGACACAAAGUUGUUCCCGGCGAUCUUCGUUGAGGCUACCAGUAAAGAGAUCCUGCAGAUCGAACUUGGCAGGACUUCAACGACACUUCCGCUAUCGGCAGCCGUGUUGCAGAAUUCCGAACGACACGUGAUACCUCAAUUUCCGCCUAGAUUAAAAGUGCAAUGCCUGAAGCCGCAUCAGUGGGCCAGAGUGCCGAAUCAGUCUCUUCAGGUACACGCUUUGAAGCUAUCCGAUAUCAGAGGUUGGUCGAUGCUAUGCGAGGACGCUAUCUCAAUGUUGGCCCUUCAUAUACCCGAGGAAGACAGAUGCAUCGACAUUCUCGAGCUUAUCGAGAUGGACAAGUUGCUCAGUUUUCACGCACACACGCUGACACUGUACGCAGCUCUGUGCUAUCAAUCGAAUUAUCGUGCGGCACAUGCUCUGUGCCAACACGUCGAUCAGAAGCAAUUAUUAUACGCGAUACGAGCCGAAUACAUGUCCGGGCCCCUGCGACAAGGAUUUUACGACUUACUUAUCGCCCUACAUCUCGAGUCGCACGCAACGACGAUGGAAGUGUGCAAAAACGAAUACAUAAUACCUCUUGGUCAAGAAUUAAAGGAUUUAUACGAGGACUACGAGAUGAGACACAGUCUAAGAUAUUUAGAGACCGAAUCUAUCCGGCCGCAAAUGAAGAUGACGGAUAUCAGGAAUGUUCCUUCCAGUGAUCAAGCGAUCGAGAACAUAAAGAACCUGUAUAGUCCGUAUUUUCCGCUUGACGUCGUGCGGGAUUACGUGAUGAUGGCGCUCAAUGAGGCCGUCGAAGUGAAUCAGGUGCACAACCGAGAUCCGAUUGGAGGCAGCAACGAGAAUCUCUUCCUACCUCUUCUGAAGCUGGUAGAUAGAUUGCUCUUAGUCGGCAUGCUGAGAAACGAGGAUGUAUUCAAGCUGCUCAUCAUGAUAAAUCCCGAAACCUGGGAUCCAACUUUUGAUAAAGAAGGAAAAGACGAGCACAAAAAAGGCUUGCUGCACAUGAAAAUGGCCGAGGGAGCAAAACUACAAAUGUGUUAUCUACUUCAUCAUUUAAACGACAUUCAGUUACGUCAUCGCGUUGAAUCUAUCAUCGCAUUCGCUUACGAUUUCAUCGGAGAAUUGCAAGCGGAUCAGCUGCGACGUUACAUCGAAAUCAAACAGUCGGAUUUGCCAUCAGCUAUCGCUGCCAAGAAGACCAGAGAAUUCAGGUGUCCUCCACGCGAGCAAAUGAAUGCCAUUUUAAGCUUUAAGAAUCUGGACUCCGAGGAAGAUCCGGAGAAUAGUCCUUGCGGCGAGGAUCUCAUCGUCAAGAUGAACGAGUUUCACAGCGAAUUAAUAUCCUACGUAUCUCUGACCGCUCUUCAGGAAGCAGCCGAUGCCGCAAACGAAUUAACCGAAGAAGUUCAGAAACCUGGUGCGAUGAAACGUCUCUUUAAUUUUAUCAACGCAGUCAAAGAACUCGAAGAGGAACCUAAACCUGAAGCCGUGCCUGAGAAAAAGACUCCGGAAGAGGUGUUUCGCAAGGUGCUGAUAUCAACCAUCGUGAGCUGGGCCGAAGAAUCACAAAUCGAGACGUCUAAACUUGUGCGAGAGAUGUUCAGUCUAUUGGUCAGACAGUACGACACUGUCGGCGAGUUGAUCAGAGCCUUGGAGAAAACUUACAUCGUUAAUAACAAGACAAAAGAUGACGUCGCGUUAAUGUGGGUCGGCUUGAGCCAGAUCCGCGCUUUGCUUCCGGUACAGAUGUCUCAGGAAGAGGAGGCGCUGGUUCGAGAACGAUUGUGGAAGCUGGUGAACAAUCACACUUUCUUUCAACACCCUGAUCUCAUCAGGGUAUUAAGAAUUCACGAGAACGUGAUGGCCAUCAUGAUUAACACCCUGGGUAGACGUUCCCAGGCGCAGUCCGACGCUCAAACUCAGGCCCAAGCGGCGGAGGGUGAGCCAGCGUCGAAAGAGAAGGACACCUCUCACGAGAUGGUCGUGGCUUGUUGUAGAUUCUUGUGCUACUUCUGUCGCACGUCCAGACAGAAUCAGAAGGCUAUGUUCGAUCACUUUGACUUUCUGCUAGAGAACAGCAAUAUUCUGUUGGCAAGACCGUCUCUGCGGGGAUCAACGCCAUUGGACGUGGCGUAUUCGUCACUGAUGGAAAAUACCGAGUUAGCUCUGGCUCUGAGGGAACAUUAUUUAGAGAAGAUCGCUAUCUAUCUAUCGCGAUGCGGCCUGCAGUCCAAUUCGGAAUUGGUGGAGAAAGGAUAUCCUGAUUUAGGCUGGGAUCCGGUUGAGGGUGAACGCUAUCUCGACUUCUUGAGAUUUUGCGUAUGGGUCAACGGUGAAAGCGUGGAGGAAAAUGCCAACUUGGUAAUUCGUCUGCUAAUCAGAAGACCGGAAUGCUUGGGCCCGGCUCUUCGAGGCGAAGGUGAAGGUUUAUUAAGAGCCAUUAUAGAAGCUAACAAGAUGUCUGAACGCAUUGCCGACAGGCGAAAAUAUCUCGCACAGGUGCACGACGAGGCCGAGGGCACGGCUAUGGUGAUGCAAUUCGAGCAUCCACUCCCGGAAUCGGACGAUGACGAGGAUUACAUCGAUACGGGUGCGGCGAUAUUAAAUUUCUAUUGCACCCUCGUCGAUCUAUUAGGCCGCUGUGCUCCAGAUUCGUCCGUCAUAGAGCAAGAGAUCUCCACAAAAUCCGUUGGGAAAAACGAGUCUCUCCGAGCCAGGGCGAUCUUGAGAUCGUUAGUACCCUUGGACGAUCUUCACGGUGUGCUAUCUUUGCGAUUUACGCUGCUCAAUCCUGCCGCCGGAGAAGAACGACCGAAAAGCGACACACCGUCCGGUUUGAUACCAGGGCACAAGCAAAGCAUUGUGCUGUUUCUCGAACGCGUUUACGGCAUCGAAACGCAAGAGUUGUUUUACAAGAUAUUGGAGGAAGCUUUCCUGCCGGAUCUUCGCGCCGCCACCAUGCUCGAUAGAAAUGACGGCUACGAAUCCGACAUGGCGCUCGCUAUGAAUCGUUACAUAGGGAACAGCAUUCUGCCGUUGUUAAUCAAGCAUUCCAAAUUUUACAACGAAGCGGAUAAUUAUGCGAGUUUACUCGACGCAACGUUGCACACGGUCUACCGGCUCAGUAAGAAUCGAAUGCUGACAAAGGGCCAACGUGAAGCAGUCUCGGACUUCCUCGUUGCAUUGACUAGUCAAAUGCAGCCAAGCAUGUUGCUCAAGUUGUUACGAAAGCUGACCGUCGACGUGUCCAAAUUAUCAGAGUACACUACUGUGGCGCUCAGAUUGCUAACGUUGCAUUACGACCGUUGCGCGAAAUAUUACGGCUCCACCGGAUCCACCGGACAAGGCUCUUACGGCGCAUCAAGCGACGAAGAGAAACGUCUCACGAUGGUCCUCUUCAGCAACAUAUUCGACUCCCUGUCCAAGAUGGACUACGAUCCAGAAUUAUUCGGGAAGGCGUUGCCUUGCCUGACGGCCAUCGGUUGCGCCCUGCCGCCAGAUUAUUCACUAUCGAAAAAUUACGACGACGAGUGGUAUGGCAGCAAAUCGGCCUCGACUCAAUCACCCGAUGGUCCUUACAAUCCGCAGCCAAUCAAUACUUCAAGCGUGGUGCUCAAUAAUGAUCUUAAUCAAAUUGUGCAAAAGUUCUCCGAGCAUUAUCACGACGCUUGGGCUAGCCGUAAGUUGGAGAACGGUUGGACCUAUGGCGACCAAUGGUCGGACGUGAAUAAAACCCAUCCGAGAUUGAAACCGUACAACAUGUUGAGUGAUUACGAACGAGAGAGAUAUAAGGAACCUGUCAGAGAGAGCUUGAAAGCUCUACUGGCGAUUGGUUGGAGCGUGGAGCACGCGGAAGUCGACGUGCCAUCGACCAAUCGCAGUUCCAUGAGAAGAUCUUCCAAAAGUCAAGGCGAUUCGGCAAAUCCGUUUAAUUACAAUCCUCAUCCGGUGGACAUGACCAAUCUAACGCUGAGCAGAGAAAUGCAGAAUAUGGCCGAACGUUUAGCGGAUAAUGCUCAUGACAUUUGGGCAAAGAAGAAGAAGGAAGAACUCAAUACUUGCGGAGGCGGCAUUCAUCCUCAGCUAGUACCAUACGAUCUGCUGACCGAUAAGGAGAAACGAAAGGAUCGUGAGCGAUCACAGGAGUUUCUCAAGUACUUGCAGUAUCAAGGUUACAAGUUUCACAAACCUAAUCGCGGCGGUACGGAGACCGAAGUGGCUGGCGCAGUUGCCGCGGUAGAAUUGCGAUUCGCUUACUCAUUAUUAGAGAAACUGAUAGCUUAUCUAGACAAGGCGACGAUCAACAUGAAGCUGUUGAAACCCUCCGACACGUUCAGCCGAAGAAAUAGUUUCAAGACCUCGACAAGAGAUAUCAAGUUUUUCAGCAAAGUAGUCCUCCCGUUGAUGGAGAAAUACUUUAGCACUCAUAGAAACUACUUCAUCGCCGUGGCCACCGCCACGAACAACGUUGGCGCAGCGUCGUUGAAGGAGAAGGAAAUGGUGGCUGCUCUUUUCUGCAAAUUGGCAAAUUUGUUGAGAUCGAGACUCGCCGCCUUCGGCGCGGAUGUGAGAAUAACGGUUCGUUGCUUGCAAGUGCUGGUGAAGGGCAUAGACGCUAAGAGUCUUGUGAAAAAUUGUCCGGAAUUUAUUCGAACGUCCAUGUUGACUUUCUUCAAUAACACCGCGGAUGAUCUAGGUCACACAAUUCUGAACCUCCAGGAAGGGAAGUACAGUCAUCUUAGAGGCACCCAUUUGAAAACCUCAACGUCAUUAUCGUACAUCAACAGUGUAGUUCUGCCUAUACUCACUGCGAUGUUCGAUCAUCUCGCCGCGUGCGAAUACGGCAGCGACUUGUUACUUGACGAAAUUCAAGUGGCGUCGUACAAAAUGUUGGCUUCUCUGUACACUCUUGGAGUAGACGCCAGUCUAACGCAUGACAGAAAGUAUCUGAAGACUGAGAUCGAGCGACACAAACCCAAUCUAGGCUCUUGCCUGGGUGCCUUUUCGAGCUGCUUCCCCGUAGCUUUCUUAGAGCCCCAUUUAAAUAAACACAAUCAAUUCUCCCUUCUAAAUCGAAUCGCGGAUCAUUCUUUGGAAGCUCAGGACAUCAUGACGAGGAUGGAAUCGAGUAUGCCGACCUUAGAGACUAUUCUCAAUGAGGUCGAUCAGUUUGUCGAAUCCGAGAAAACCUACAACGACGCUCCUCAUGUCGUCGACGUAAUUCUACCUUUGCUCUGCUCUUACUUGCCAUUCUGGUGGGCACAAGGACCUGACAACGUGAAUCCGACCGAGGGUACCUACGUCAGCAUGGUAACCAGCGACCACAUGAAUCAGCUGCUGAAGAACGUGCUGAAGCUGAUCAAGAAGAACAUCGGCAAUGAGAAUGCACCGUGGAUGACGCGCAUCGCCGCCUAUACGCAGCAAAUCAUUAUCAACUCGUCCGAAGAGUUGUUAAAGGAUCCGUUUUUACCUCUCGCCGAACGCGUCAGGAAGCGGACGGACACCAUGUUCCACAAAGAGGAAUCUCUUCGAGGUUUCAUCAAGUCUUCGACCGAGGAUACCUCGCAGGUCGAGGCGCAGAUUCAAGAAGACUGGCAGCUACUCGUACGCGAUAUCUACUCAUUUUACCCCUUGUUGAUAAAAUACGUCGAUCUUCAAAGGAAUCAUUGGCUGAGGAAUAAUAUUCCCGAAGCCGAGGACUUGUACAAUCACGUGGCAGCUAUAUUUAACAUCUGGUCUAAGUCACAGUACUUUUUGCGUGAAGAGCAGAACUUUAUAUCCGCGAAUGAGAUCGAUAACAUGGUGCUUAUCAUGCCUACUGCAACAAGAAGACCUGCCGCAGUAUCCGACGGCACCGCGCCUUCCGGAGGAGGCAAGAAAAAGAAAAAGAAUCGCGACAAAAAGAGGGACAAGGACAAAGAAGUACAGGCGUCUUUAAUGGUAGCUUGUCUGAAGCGAUUGCUACCCGUCGGCUUGAAUCUCUUCGCCGGUCGGGAACAGGAGCUGGUGCAGCAUUGCAAAGACAGGUUUCUGAAGAAGAUGCCGGAGUCGGAUAUCGCGGAAUUUGCUAAGACUCAACUGACCCUGCCGGAUAAAAUUGACCCUGCCGACGAAAUGUCCUGGCAGCAUUACUUAUAUUCUCAAUUGGGCCAGAAAAAAGAUGCAAUGGAGCCUGUGAAGGCUCAACAGCUGGAAGACGUCGUUGCCAGAAUCACUGACAUGGCCAAAGUUUUGUACGGUUUACACAUGAUAGAUCAUCCACAACAGCAGAGCAAGAGUCAAUAUCGUUCAGUGGUGUCGAUCCAGCGUAAACGAGCGGUAAUCGCUUGCUUCCGCCAACCUCACCUACAUUCCUUGCCCAGACACCGAGCGAUAAACAUUUUUGCACGAACGUAUUAUGAGCUGUGGCUACAAGAUGAAAACGUGGGUCAGGAAGUUAUGAUCGAGGAUCUUACGCAAUCGUUUGAAGAUGCCGAAUUGAAGAAGAUGGACAAGGCCGAGGACGAGGGCAAGCCCGAUCCGUUGACGCAGUUGGUGACAACGUUCUGCCGCGGCGCUAUGACUGAACGAUCAGGUGCUCUGCAAGAGGAUCCACUUUACAUGAGUUACGCUCAAAUUAUUUCCAAAUCCUGCGGGGAGGAAGAGGAAGAGGGUGAAGAAGAAGGUGGCGAGGAGGAAGGAGGAGCUUCGAUCCAUCGGAGACGCAAACUAUUUACGAGGCCAAUGCAUAAACUAAUGGAGCAAGAAAUGGAAAAGCAGAAACUCUUGUUUCACCAAGCUCGUCUGGCAAAUCGAGGUGUCGCGGAGAUGGUCCUCCUGCACAUAUCGGCGUGCAAGGGCAUCCCCAGCGAGAUGGUGAUGAAGACUUUGGAACUUGGAAUUUCGAUCCUGCGCGGCGGCAACAUCGAGAUUCAACGAGGGAUGUUGAAUCAUCUAAAGGAAAAGAAGGACGUCGGUUUCUUCACGUCCAUCGCGGGUCUAAUGAAUUCCUGCAGCGUGCUGGAUCUGGAUGCUUUCGAGAGAAAUACGAAGGCCGAGGGUCUCGGUGUCGGUUCCGAGGGUGCGGCAGGCGAGAAGAAUAUGCAUGACGCCGAAUUCACUUGCGCCCUAUUCCGAUUUAUUCAACUCACCUGCGAGGGUCACAAUCUUGAUUGGCAGAACUACCUCAGAACACAGGCUGGCAAUACGACGACGGUGAACGUGGUCAUUUGCACCGUCGAUUAUCUACUGCGACUGCAGGAGUCGAUCAUGGACUUUUACUGGCAUUACUCGAGCAAGGAGCUCAUCGACCCUGCUGGCAAAGCAAACUUUUUCAAGGCCAUUGGCGUUGCUAGUCAAGUUUUCAACACCCUCACUGAAGUGAUUCAAGGCCCUUGCGCGCAAAAUCAACAAGCUCUAGCGCAUUCUAGAUUGUGGGACGCAGUCGGAGGUUUCCUUUUCUUAUUCUCACAUAUGCAAGACAAACUGUCGAAGCACUCCAGUCAGGUGGACCUUCUAAAGGAAUUGCUUAACUUGCAAAAGGACAUGAUUACUAUGAUGCUUUCCAUGCUUGAAGGUAACGUCGUGAACGGCACGAUUGGAAAACAGAUGGUGGACACUUUGGUCGAGUCGGCCAGUAACGUGGAACUGAUUUUGAAGUACUUUGACAUGUUCUUGAAAUUGAAAGAUCUUGUAUCAUCGCCUAGUUUCCUGGAAGUCGAUCUUAACAAUGAUGGUUGGGUGUAUCCGAAGGAUUUCAAGGAGAAAAUGGAACUGCAGAAGAGUUACACCAACGAGGAAAUCGAAUUUCUUCUGGCCUGCUGCGAGACGAAUCACGACGGCAAGAUCGAUUACGUCGCCUUCAUGGAUCGCUUCCACGAGCCGGCGAAAGAGAUCGGUUUCAAUCUAGCUGUACUGCUCACCAAUCUAUCCGAGCACAUGCCGAACGAACCAAGAUUAGCCAAGUUCCUUGAGACAGCUGGCUCUGUCCUGAAUUACUUUGAGCCGUUCUUGGGUAGGAUCGAGAUUCUCGGUGGCAACAAGAAGAUCGAGCGCGUGUACUUCGAGAUCAAAGAGUCAAACAUUGAACAGUGGGAGAAGCCGCAGAUCAAGGAGUCGAAGAGAGCCUACUUCUACAACACGGUGGUCGAGGCGGGCGAAAAAGAGAAACUCGAAACCUUCAUCAACUUUUGCGAGGACGCUAUUUUUGAGAUGCAACACGCGAGCGCGUUGAUGACCGUCGAGGAGAGCGGCGGAAUCGGCAAGGCGAGGGAAUCUUCGUACACGUACAUGACCGAUGACGACGAAGAGAGAAAUAAGGAUCCAAUCAGGCGAGGUAUACAAGCGGUCAAGGAUGGCGUUUACUUCUUCUUCUAUAUGUUUUCGCCGACCAACAUCAAGAACAAGAUCGCCGAGAUGCAGCAAAUGACGAUACCCGAACUCUUUAUUGGUUUCUUCAAAAUGAUUUUUUACGCCUUUUAUUAUUCCGGCUUCGGCGUCGGCUGCGUGAUCAAAUAUUUCAUGAAGCUUCUGUUGACGCUAAUGAGGGGACCACACGUGGAGGAACCGGUUGUAGUCAAGGAGGAAGAAGAAAAACCGUCGAGACAUUUACCUGCUUUGCCACCGACGCCGGAUGAAUCGAAUUUACAAGUACAAGCCUUUGGAAUGGAUAUAACGAAAGAGGAAGGAGGGCAGAUAAAGAUAGCGCCGCAUGAAUCGUCUACUUCUACACCGCAAUCUAGUAUCGAAGAAACGGGUGAAAGUACACCUGACGAAGGUACUGGCGAGGAGGGAGCGAGAGCUGAAGGAGGAGAGGGAGAACAGCCCGUUACUUUAGCUGAUUUAUUAGGUGGGGAACAAGCUAGGGCGCAAGCUGCCGCGGCGGCAGAAGCAGCGGCGGCUCAACAAGCAGCUAUGGCGGCAGUUGAAGCCGAAGCAAAGCAAGAAACUUCAGCCGAACCUUCCUCAGGAUCGAGCAUCGAUCUGUCACAGUACAGCCAUCGCGUGGUAUCUUUCUUGGCCAGAAAUUUCUACAAUCUAAAAUACGUCGCGCUAGUUCUCGCCUUUUGUAUCAACUUUAUGCUGCUAUUCUAUAAGGUUACAUCUUUGGCUGACGAUUCGGACGACGAAGGUAGUGGACGAAUAGCGGAUUUGUUAACGGAAAUAUCAGGAGAGGGAACAUCGGGUAUGGCGGGUAGCGGUAUGGAAAUAGGAAGCGGUAGCGGUGAAAAUGGUUCGGAAGAAGAAGACGACGAGGUUCAGGAAUUUGUAGAGGUGGCCGAGGAUUAUUAUUACAUGGCUCACGUUAUGAGGCUACUGGCUGCUCUUCAUUCUAUCGUUUCACUUGCUAUGCUGGUCGCGUAUUAUCACCUAAAGGUACCAUUAGCCAUCUUCAAACGAGAGAAGGAAAUUGCACGACGGGUAGAAUUCGAUGGAUUGUACAUAGCCGAAACGCCGGAAGAGGAUGACAUUAAAGCGCAUUGGGAUAAAAUGGUGAUAUCAGCGAAAACCUUCCCCGUAAACUAUUGGGACAAGUUUGUCAAAAAGAAGGUCCGACAGAAAUACAGCGAGACGUACGAUUUCGAUUACAUCAGUAAUUUACUCGGAAUGGAAAAGACUUCUUUCAGCCAGCAGGAAGAAGAAGGAUCUGGCUUAAUACAUUUCAUCGUAACUAUCGAUUGGAGAUAUCAAAUAUGGAAGGCCGGAGUCACCAUCACCGAUAACGCAUUUUUAUAUAGUUUAUGGUACUUCACGUUUUCGAUCCUCGGCAACUACAACAAUUUCUUCUUCGCCGCUCACCUGCUAGACGUCGCGGUCGGUUUCAAAACUUUACGAACGAUCUUGCAAUCGGUGACACACAACGGCAAGCAGCUGGUCUUAACAGUGAUGCUGCUGACAAUCGUGGUAUACAUCUACACCGUGAUAGCCUUCAAUUUCUUCAGAAAGUUUUACAUACAGGAGGAAGACGAUGAAGUAUCGGACAAGAAGUGUCAUCAUAUGCUAACGUGCUUCAUUUUUCACUUAUACAAAGGCGUGAGAGCCGGAGGUGGUAUAGGUGAUGAGAUCGGUGAACCCGACGGCGACGACUACGAGGUAUAUCGUAUAAUGUUCGAUAUCACUUUCUUCUUCUUCGUAAUUGUCAUUCUACUGGCUAUCAUUCAGGGUCUGAUCAUCGACGCGUUUGGUGAACUUCGAGAUCAGCUCGACAGUGUGAAGACAAAUAUGGAGAGCAACUGCUUCAUAUGCGGUUUAGGAAAGGAAUAUUUCGACGCGGUGCCGCACGGGUUCGAUACUCAUGUGCAGCAGGAGCAUAAUCUAGCAAAUUACAUGUUCUUCCUCAUGCACUUGAUUAACAAACCGGACACCGAAUACACGGGUCAGGAGACCUACGUGUGGAAUAUGUAUCAACAAAGAUGUUUGGACUUCUUCCCGGUGGGCGACUGCUUCCGCAAGCAGAACGAGACGGUAGAAGAAGAGGCCAAAAAGAAAUAAAAUUAAUUCUGAUUCUAAUUAAAAUCCUGAUCAAUAGAAACAAUUGAUCUUUCUUGACGAAGAGGACUCCUCAUCGAACAGCGUCUUCGAUAAAGUGUAAUUUUUAGCGUAAAUUUUUGCUCAUCGAACGAGAGUAUGCGAGGUGUUGUCGCGCUCGUUUAAAAUCAAGUUUCGAAAGUUCUACGUCUUACCUCAUAACGACAAAGAGAGGAUUUUUAUCUCGUAAACUUAUGUCUCCGUUUUCCACUUGACAAUUUAUUAUUAUUCCGACUAACUGAUAGGCUUUCUGACGUGUGAAUGUAAUGCAUUAAUUGCGUACUGCGUGCAAUGCGAAGAUUACAGAGAAAUUGUCGCGUCCGAUGUCGUGUAGCGAACAGGACGCAUAAAAUUAAAAAUAUUUUUCCAACUUUGUAAAAAUGGCGUAAAAACUGUAUCACCAAAACCAGCAAUUUCCUCUUUUAGAUAGGCAACCGUUGACAUAAGGCUCGAUUUCCUUCGACCGACAGUACGUUACUGUUGAAUCAAUGAAAAUAGCGAAACCAACUGCACAAAUUUACAUAUUCAUAGCGUAAUCAAUAUUUGCCUUCUUUUCAUACGUCGGAUGAUCUAUACUUAUGCGUAAUUUUAUGCUGUGUCGCGAUAACAAGUUUGAGAUAUAUGAACAUAGUAUAAGUAAGUUAAAGAUGUUUGAAGUUUAUAUAAUGUGCAAAUCUCUUUCGGACUGGGACGAAAGCAGGAAUUUGUUGGACGUUAUAUAUGACUGAGCUCACGGUAUAUAUCAAAGAAUGUCAAUAUAUUGUAAAUAAAAUUCUACAGCAGGACUACCUGGUAAUAAAUAAAGACAUUACUUCUUUA